AUGGAGUCCCAUCCGCGGUCGCCGCCGCGCUCUCCCGCGAGAGCCUUGUCCAACGACCUCCAGCGGCGCCUCAGCCGGAGGCUCAAGAAGAAGCACCAACAUGAGUGUGGGGUCGAGAUACCCGAGCGCUUGAGGGACAGCGAUCACUCUGAUGGCGAGGACCAGCAAUCGGGCCAGAGCCCGCCCAUGUUCAUGAACAUGAAUCAGAGUAUUUUCGGCCUUAUUGCGGCCGCAGGAUCACGGGUCGAUUUCCACGAACGAUUCAACGAUAGCAGUAGUGAUGAGGACGGCGAGCACGGCGAUGGACAUGCUCAAGGCUUGGAAGAAGACCUGUCGCGUACGACCAUUUUGACUACCCCUAAACCCAAAGAGAGGCGAAGCCACCGAAGGAAGCUUUCAGCCCACCGUCUGCUUCGAUCACUGCCUGCUCUUCCGAAAUUAAAGUCCAAGUCUCAAAGCUUACCCACGAAACUCUCGACGCCCCGAGAAGACCCGCAAGAAACCGAAGGCUUAGACAAAGAAAAAAGCAAUCUUUCCGUGCCCACGAAUCUCGAUCUGGAAAUAGAGAACUUGAAUCGUCGCCCUCCUGUUAUGAGCAGGAUGCUCGAGGCAAGAGCAGAGAUGUCGAGCCGGCCGAGCUUCGACCUCGAUACAGACGAUAUGGGUACGAGCCAAGCCGAGGAGCACAGCGACAGCUCGCCUCUAGCAAAGCGGUUAAUGGACAUCUUUGAAUUCGAAGAGCCCGAGCAAGUUAUCGAAGAGUAUCCCUGUUGGCUACUGCAGAGCGUUCUUCUCCAAGGAUUUCUCUACAUCACAACGAAGCACAUUUGUUUCUAUGCGUACCUGCCAAAGAAAGCAAAUGUUGUUUCAAAAUCUGGUUUCUUGUCGAAAAGUGGAAAGCGCAAUCCCAAGUACAACCGAUAUUGGUGCCGUUUAAAAGGAUACGUGCUCUCCUAUCACCAAGACUCCACGAAUCCAUAUUUUCCCCAUGGGCAGAUCGACCUCAGCUAUGCUAUUUCAGCUAGUGUGACUGACAGUGACAAGAAGGGCGUUCAUUUCUCUGUUGUCACUCCCCACAGGACAUACAACUUCCGGGCCGAUAGCGCGCCUAGCGCAAAGGAAUGGGUCAAGAGUCUUCAAAGAGUGAUCUUUCGAAGUCAUAAUGACGGAGAUAGCGUCAAAAUCUCCCUCCCCAUUGACAAUGUUAUUGAUGUUGAAGACACACAGAUGAUUGAGUUCGCGGAUACAUGCAAAAUACGCGUUAUUGACAAUGAUGAGACUUACGCUAUUGAUGAAUAUUUCUUCUCGUUUUUCAGUUUCGGGGAAGAGGCUAUCGGAGUUUUACGACUCCUGGUUGAAGAAAGCGCAUCUAGAGCACGAAACAAAGACAAGAUGUCGAGCCCCGUCCCUACGAGUCCCGGCGACCUGCAAUCAGGACACACCUCGCCUAGCAAUGUUCCUGAUGAUAUGAUGAUGAGCCAGAUCCGCAUACCGCGGCGGUCAGAAAACGUCAGGGCGACCUUAUCGCCCAUGUCCCCGAAAUCUGCCACAAGCCCGCGAGAGAGCUUGGACAUAUCUAGAGGCUCGAGUUUCGAAGGUUUCAGACACAGAGGGAGGAGAAGUUUUGAUCUACCAUCAACGAUGCCGGACGAUGGGCAAAUGGGCCUGUCUAGCUCUAGUAGGAGGUCUCUGAGUCGCCGACGAUGGGAAGAUAACAAAACGCCUCGACAACAUGAGUCUUCCGAUUCCUAUGUUCAAUCAUCAGUGGAAGCCCCCAGCUUUUCUAACAUUGGUUCCUCGGCCGCUGAAGACCCAGCUCUAUCUGCCAGCCAAAUUCUCAGAGAUAGCCACGUCUUCCACCCAGAGUCCCAUCGGCUACCCCCGCAAUUCGUCAGUCGUGAGGCGGGAUCAAAGGAGAAACACACCGCAAAUGAGGACGAAUCUAAGUCCAGUGUGCCAUCCUCCAGUCAGGUUGUUUCGGCCGAUCAGCACUCUAAGCUCAAUGCGUCUAGUGAUCAAAAUCAAUCGUCACCUACAUUGCAGAGUAUUUCCAAAAUGGGUUCUUAUCCCCUGCAGCGGGCUGGCGCCUUUGCGGAAUACUUGAACAAGACUCGACAAAAAAUGAGCUCGUUGCUUGCAACUGAAUCUAUGGGAUAUGUUGAGAAGGUCUCCGGUAUGUGGAGAGGAGGUACAAAGCACUUUGAUGCACCUAAAGGCUUGAGGGUGGACGACGAUGACAUCGAGGAGGAUUCUGACGGGAAUAAACACAUUUCAAACGAACGAUUCCGAGCUCACUUCACCCUCCCAGAGAACGAAAAGCUACAGGCCACCUACUUCUGCUACCUUUUCCGUGUUCUGCCACUAUAUGGCAAGAUCUACCUUAGCGACCGCUCAUUUUGCUUUCGAAGUCUUUUACCAGGAACGAGGACGAAGCUCAUCCUCCCUCUUCAAGACAUUGAGACAGUGCACAAAGAAAAGGGCUUCCGUUUUGGAUACAAUGGUCUCGUGGUCGUCAUCAAGGGCCAUGAGGAGCUCUUCUUUGAAUUCGGGCAGGCUGAAGACCGAGAUGAUUGCAAUGUGACAUUGCUGCAAAGUCUGGAAACGACAAGACUCCUGGAGCAAGAAGGUCUCCUCCCUCAAGACGAAGAAGACGACGAUGAUGGCGCGAUUGGAGAGCGAGACGCUUUACGCAUGGCAAGACGUGGUGAAUUCCCAGACCAUGAACUUCGGCUGCCACGCAGAGCGAGCGGUGUAUCCAACGCACCGUUCAUUAUCGACGAGUCCGAGACAUCAAUCAUUGAUUUCCGACCUAAGACUUCAAUGAAAAUCACAUGCUUGACAAUUGGAUCACGAGGCGAUGUACAACCAUACAUCGCCUUGUGCAAGGGUCUCCUUGCUCAAGGGCACAGACCCCGAAUCGCAACACAUGCUGAAUUCCAGGGCUGGAUCGAGUCACAUGGGAUUGAAUUUGCUCGUGUAGAAGGAGAUCCCGGUGAGCUUAUGCGUCUUUGUAUCGAGAACGGGACAUUUACUUGGUCGUUCUUACGUGAAGCGAACGCGACAUUCCGUGGAUGGCUGGACGAGCUUCUCGUUUCUGCAGUCGGGGCCUGUGAAGGUUCAGAUCUCUUGAUUGAAUCGCCAUCAGCAAUGGCAGGUAUUCACAUCGCUGAGAAGCUCGGUAUCCCCUAUUUCAGGGCCUUUACCAUGCCAUGGACCCGCACGCGCGCCUAUCCUCAUGCUUUUAUAAUGCCAGAGCAUAAGAUGGGCGGUGCGUAUAACUACAUGACAUACAUUAUGUUUGACAAUCUCUUCUGGAAGGCAAUUUCUCACCAGGUCAACCGAUGGCGGAAUAACAUGCUUGGCUUGCCUAACACAAGCCUUGAGAAGAUGGCACCAAACAAAGUACCCUUUCUCUACAACUUCAGUCCCAUGGUCGUGGCGCCCCCGUUGGAUUUCUCGGAUUGGAUCCGUGUAACUGGAUACUGGUUCUUGGAUGAAGGGGAUAAGUAUGAGCCACCCCCAGAACUGAAGGCUUUCAUCCAGAAAGCCAGGGAUGACGGUAAGAAGUUGGUUUACGUGGGCUUUGGCUCUAUCAUCGUCAGCGACCCACCCAAAAUGACCCAAGAGGUCAUUGAUGCCGUUCUCAAAGCAGAUGUGCGCUGUAUCUUAUCCAAAGGUUGGUCCGACCGGAUAUCUUCCAAAGCUACCCAGGGCGAGAUCGCGCAAUUGGGACCGGAACCAGAGAUCCCCCCUGAAAUCCAUGUCAUCAAGUCUGCUCCUCACGACUGGCUAUUUCAGCAAAUUGAUGCUGCAGCACACCACGGCGGCUCAGGAACUACGGGUGCCAGCUUGCGGGCGGGCAUCCCGACUAUCAUCCGGCCAUUCUUUGGUGAUCAGUUCUUCUUCGCUAGCAGGGUAGAGGAUCUGGGGGUUGGAGUCUGGGUGAAGAAGUGGGGUACCAAUGCAUUCGGAAGAGCCCUCUGGGAGGCUACUAGAAGUGAGCGGAUGAUUGUCCGAGCUAGAGUGCUCGGUGAGCAGAUUCGUCAGGAGAGAGGAGUCGACCUAGCAAUCCAAUCCAUCUAUCGUGACAUGGAGUAUGCUAAGAGUCUUGUGAGACGCAAGGCGGGCAGGAACCAGGGAACAGAUGAAGAAUCUGGAGGAAACGAACUCGACGAAGACGAAGAAAGUUGGACGUUUAUCAACGGCGAUGAGCCCGACCCGGAUUUUAUAACCAAAAAGCUCAGUGAGGGUUUCGCAGGACUCGCGGGCUUUGAAACUGGGUCGCUGAGGGCCACUGCAUAA